AAUUGACGAUAUAGACACACACACAACACUUUCUACAACAACAAAAUGAAGACAAUUCUAACUAUCUUCUUCAUUUUUUCUCUUCUUUCCCUCUCUCACGCAUCAGUAGUAGAUUUUUGUGUAGCAGAUUACACAUUUCCAAAUGGCCCCGCAGGAUACUCUUGCAAAAAACCAUCAAAAGUAACCGCGGAUGACUUUGUUUACCACGGCUUAAGCGCAGGUGGUAACACCACAAACAUUAUAAAAGCCGCGGUUACACCUGCAUUCGACGCGCAAUUCCCAGGUGUAAAUGGCCUGGGAAUUUCCAUUGCGCGUCUAGAUUUAGCUGCAGGUGGAGUUAUUCCGCUCCACACGCACCCGGGCGCUUCGGAAGUGUUGGUGGUUGUUCAAGGAAAAAUUUGUGCCGGUUUUGUUUCGUCCGACAAUACCGUUUACCUUAAAACACUUUAUAAAGGUGAUGUUAUGGUUUUUCCACAAGGGUUGUUGCAUUUUCAAAUUAAUGGUGGUGGUUCUAAUGCACUUGCUUUUGUGAGCUUUAGUAGUCCUAAUCCUGGUUUGCAGAUUUUGGAUUUUGCUUUGUUUAAAAGUGAUUUUCCAACUGAGUUGAUUACUGCUACUACUUUUAUUGAUGCUGCUGUUGUGAAGAAGCUUAAGGGUGUUCUUGGAGGUAGUGGUUAAAUUAAUGAUUGUCCAUGUAAGAGUGUGUUCUCUUUUGUUGUUGGAUUUGUGUCAUUGUGUUGUUUGUUUUUGUGUCAAGUUAGUUUUGAGUUUUAAGGAAGAUAACUUUAGGAAUUUGUGACAUGAGAUGAAUAAAUGUAUGUGUGGUAUUUUCUUGCAUAUUGGAAUAUAUUUUAUUUUUUUUACUA